CCUCCGUUUUAUUGUGUAAACAAAGUUGUAUUUUCGGGUGUUUGACAAACCUCCGGAGAAAAGCCAGCAUGUUUUGUCAGUUUUAGGGGAAACGCGGAAGGAGUGGAGUGAUACAGUGCAGUGCUAUAAAAUCCCGAGAGAAAAAAAGUGAAGAAAGUUACCUCGAUCAGGGAAGUAAGAGUUCAACAAACAACGGAACACGCGCGCGAUAAAAAGGUGGUCGAGAAUGUGAAGAGCUUGAGUUCCAAGAAGAGAUCGUUAAGCGGAAGAGCAAUGAUGCAGCCCAAUAUUCGCUUCUUCUUCUUAUGCCUGUACCUGGUUGGAACUGCCACCAGCCAUCGGUCGUAUCUGCGCAGUUUUCAAGCACAAAACGUUAUAGAUCCAUGCUAUGAUGAAGAUCGCCCCAGACGUUGCAUGCCGGACUUUGUGAAUGCCGCCUUCGGCGUCCCGAUCGAUGCGUCCUCCAUCUGUGGCAAAGAUAAACCUACUCGGUACUGUGACUAUAAAGACCAGCUAGCGCGAAACGAGUCGGUGUGUGACAUUUGCGAUGAAUCCGACCCUACGAAACGGUUCUCCCCGCUCGCGUUGACCGACGUGCACAAUUCGAACAAUGUAACUUGCUGGCGUUCUGAGCCACGCGUAGGAUCGGUCGAUCCUGGUUCACAACCGGAUAACGUCACGUUAACUCUUUCGCUGGGCAAAAAAUUCGAACUUACCUAUGUCAGCCUUAUGUUCUGCCCUUACGCCAUUCGACCAGAUUCGAUGGCCAUCUUCAAAAGUGCGGACUACGGUAAAACAUGGCAACCGUUCCAAUUCUACAGCUCCCAAUGCCGUAAACUCUAUGGACGUCCGAUUCGUGCUACAAUUUCCAAAACCAACGAGCAGGAGGCUCGAUGCAUUGAUCACAAUCGAUUCAACGCCGACGGCAUACAGGGAUCACGGAUCGCUUUCAGUACUCUGGAAGGCCGCCCAUCAGCGCAAGAUUUUGACUCUUCACCGGUUCUUCAGGAUUGGGUUACCGCAACCGACAUUCGUGUCGUCUUUCACAGACUUCAACCGCCCACCACGACGACGAUCCUGAAAACUCAAUCAUCCGAGCAGAUCAAGUACAAGAAGAGCGAGUACAUUUCGAAGGAGAUUUUUACGCCACCAGCGGCCGGCGUUUCCACCUACGCGCUGUCGGACUUUGCCGUCGGUGGACGGUGCAAGUGCAACGGACACGCCUCCAAGUGCAUCAAGGGAGUGGACGGGAAGCUGGAAUGCGAUUGCAAGCAUAACACGGCCGGACGUGACUGCGAGCGCUGCAAACCGUUCUACUUCGAUCGGCCCUGGGGACGCGGAACGGUACGCGAUGCGAACGAGUGCAAAGCUUGCAACUGCAAUGGCCAUGCGCGAAAGUGUCGCUUCAAUCUGGAACUGUACAAACUGUCCGGACGGGUUUCCGGCGGAGUUUGCAGCGACUGUCGGCACGACACGACCGGCCGUCACUGCCACUACUGCCGCGAAGGCUUCUACAAGGAUCCGACGAAGGCGAUCACACACAAGAAGGCAUGCAAGCCGUGCGACUGUCAUCCGAUCGGUUCAUCAGGCAAAAACUGCAACCAUACAUCCGGCCAGUGCACUUGCAAGGAGGGCGUAACGGGACUAACCUGUAACCGUUGUGCCCGCGGCUAUCAACAGAGCCGAUCCCAUAUCGCACCGUGUAUCAGUAAGUACCCACUAAUUUUUUUUUUUUCGUGCGAUUAA